AUGCUUCGGGACCUUUCGCCUAAAGGCCUCUAUUUUAUCUUUGAGCGCUUUCGUGGAAUUCUUUACCAGGCAAACAUAGAGAGAAGAAUUCUGUAUUUGAUCGAAAACUUGUUCGCUAAGCAACGGGCCAAGUUUCAGGGUCACCCGGCUUUUCUUCCCGAGCUGGACUUAGUAGAGCAAGAAGAUCAGUUGACGCAUGAGAUUUCUCUUCGAGAUGAGAUUGAUCCACAGACUAGCCUUGAUCUCUUUCAGCCCGAUCCUGAUUACCUCGAGAGCGAAAAGCGGUACAAAGAACUCAAGAAAACCAUUCUAGGUGACGAGUCUGAAGAUGAAGAAGCCAGUACGUAUGAUGCAGUUGAUGCAGUUUCGGAUAGUGAGGAUGAUGAAGAGGAAGAGGAAGAGGAUGAGCAGCAGCAGAUGGAAAUAAGUGACCAGACACAGACUAAUCUCGUAAAUCUUCGAAGAACAAUCUAUCUUACAAGCAUGUCCGGUUUAUGUUUCGAGGAGGUGGGACAUAAGCUGAUGGAGAUUAAGCUUGAGCCUGGCCAAGAGAUGGAAGUAUGCAUCAUGCUUCUGGAAUGCUGCAGUCAGGAGAGAACCUACAGCCGCUAUUAUGGUCUCUUGGGGCAGAGGUUCUAUUUGAUCAACAAAGUCUACCAACAAAACUUCGAGAAGUGCUUUGUGCAGCAGUAUUCCAUGAUCCACUGUCUUGAAACAAAUAGUCUACGUAAUGUUGCGAAGUUUUUUGCGCAUUUACUCAGCUCAGACGCCCUCCCCUGGCAUGUGCUGACCUAUAUACGCCUGACGGAAGAGGACACCACUUCAUCUUCUCGGAUUUUCCUCAAGUUCCUUAUCCAGGAAUUGUCACAGCAUCUUGGCAUUCGAUUGCUGAAUGAGCGACUCAAUGAUCCUGCAAUGCAGAUGCAGGGCUGUUAUGAUUCUAUUUUCCCAAAGGAUAAUCCCAAGAACACCCGCUUUGCCAUUAACUUUUUCACAUCCAUUGGGCUGGGCGGCGUCACUGAGAACCUGCGCGAGUACUUGAAGCAGAUGCCCCGGCUCAUAUUGCAAGAACAAAAUCAAGCGUCAGAUGAAGAUGAACAUGAGAGUGCUAGUUCUGAGUCUGAUGAAAGUGAAAGUGAUAGGAACAAACGACACAACAAGCACAAGCCUAUGCGACAGAGUGAAAGGCACGAAAGACACGAGCAGCACAAGCGUAGCAGCGGAAGUGAAAGGCUCAAAAAACACAAACGAUGA